UGUACAUUUCCCUCCAAUCCAAGAUGAAAAAGUUCAAACACGUUUUCUCAGUGUGGUACAAAAUCCUGAAGGACUACUGCAGGAACUGCUCCCUAGUAGGACUUGCGUAUAUCACCAGCAGGAAGUACCACUACACGGAGCGACUCUUCUGGCUUGGGUGUGUCUUACUUUCCUGGACCGGCUCCUACUAUCUGAUCGUGUCCUACAUGGAAACAUUUCGCAAAAAUGCGGUCAGCAUGGUCAUCGAGAAUGUCCACCCGCGGGAAAAGAUCGAUAUCCCUUCGCUCGGCAUCUGCGAGAUGGGCUACGCUAAGGAAACGUAUGGCAAACUGGAAACUGUGAUUGAAGGGUUUAGAACUAGCGAGGACAUGGAGUACAAUUACGAUGUGGAGGAUUUCAUGUUGAGGAUUAUCUUUCACAAUCUGUAUAAUUAUGGAUCCAUUAUGUCCUACUGUGCUCCUUACACGGAUUGUACCGACUGCAUCAAGUGUCCGAAGUCGAAUUACAAUUUGUUUGCGGCGAGAGUGCGUGCGACUUGUAGUGAACUGUUGGAAGAGUGUCGAUGGAAUGGAGAAAAGUUCGAUUGUUGCGAAUUCUUCAAACCAAUUCAGACUUCGAUGGGGUCAUGCUAUCUGUUGAAUUCAAUCCAACUGGUUGAAAAGGGCGGUCAAAACUGGCUCGGUAUGAAAGUUGGUCGUGAUACAGCGCAGGGUGAGCUACUGCUAAACGUUUCAAAAGCUUUCUCGUCCUACAUUCUAAACGAGGAAGACAUUCCACACAUGCUACUUACCAGUCUCCAAUUCACGCAAAUCCCAAUUGGUUACACGGGAACAAUAUAUUUCACCAUGCAGAACAUCGUGAACGAUCCGCUUGUCCGAACUGUAGAUCCGGAAAUCCGACGAUGUAUUUUUCCUAACGAAAACAGUAACUCAAACUACCGCUAUUACAGUUACAGUGUGUGCGUAACAGAAUGUCUCAAGAUGGCACAAAUCAAGAUGUGCAACUGCUGUCAUCACAACAUGAUCAUUGAUGAAAACGACAAAAGCCCAAUCUGUGGCUACGAUGGCCUUUUCUGCUUGGAUCAAAAAGAUGUCAUGUUUCCCCAGACAACGAUCAUGCAACCGUGGCGUACGAAUGGCUUGGUUUGUCAGUGUUUGCCAUCGUGCACCGAGCACGAAAUACGAAUCAUCGGCAAGCAGUCCGGUAUCGAGGAACGUGACGGUCGCUCGGUACUGUUCAAACUGAUUGCACUGCCAACGCAACGCUAUCGGAGACAGAUCGUGCGGGAAAAUCUGGACGUGGUCGUUUCGAUUGGCGGCAUUUUGGGACUUUUUAUGGGAGCUAGCAUUCUUAGUCUGGUGGAAUUGGUUUAUUUUUUCACGGUUCGCUUUUUUGCAUCCAGCUACCAAAACAAGCCUGAAGAUGAGGACGAGGAAGACGAAAGCGAUGAUGAAAAUGACGAAGACUGAAAUCUGAUCGAUGAUUGAACAACGUACUAUAAACAAUGGCAAAUCUUAAGGUUUUAUAUAAGCUACUAAUUCAUUCAAGUGAAUUCUUCUAUAACUGACACCCAACGGUUUUUAUAAUACAUUUCAAACAAAUAAUUCGAACGAAUUUUCAUCAAAUGCAGUAAAAACAACUGGAUAAAAAAUUGGUUAAAAUAUAAAAAAUGACAAAAAAUCAGUAAACCAAAAAACUUACCCUAAUAAAUAAGCUAAUUCAGCUCAUAUCAGUAAAUUUUACCGUAAGUGACCAGUAACUGGCUCAACAGAGAGCGGUACAAAGCUUCGAGAGCGAGAAAGAA